UGUAGCUCGGCACAAGGUGAGCUGACAUGAUCCAAUCAGCUCUAUCAAACGCGCCCAUGUGGGAGGGUGACUAAGUCGGAGGAGAACUGGUGCACCAAUCUCGCACUGGGAGUCCUCUCUUUUGUGGCUGGAUAUCACUGAACGUCCCGACACAGGCCAGCAUACGUGGCUGGAUAUCCUCACCUUCCACCCUGGAGCUAGAACACACAGGAUAAUAUAGCUUCAUUUAGAGGACUUGUGUCACUCAAACAACGAUGUCGUCCUACGGUGAUAUUGUGGAGGAGAUGUCCCCUAGGAUCGCCACACAAGCGAAGAAGGAACUGAGGAAAGGUCCUGAUCAUAAACACUACGAUCUUCCCAGUAUAACUGUACGACAUAGUUCAGUGAAGGACUCCAUGCUCCUCUAUUCAGAUCACAUGCACAAGUUGACACUGGAGAAAAAGGGGAGUAAGUAUCACCUGGCGCCUCGUGAUGACCACGCCAAUUUCGACCCCCAACAUUCCAGUAGUCGUCGGAAGGCUGUGUCAUUGACUGAUCUAAUAGACAGGCGAAAGAAGUCGCUCCACGACAGAAGAGGUAAGCCUAAAUCAGCUCUAACAUUUCCCAAACGAAGACUGAAACAUCUGCCGCCUAGGAAUCUUCGAAUAAGCUUUGUCAGUGCCUCUGAUUUACAUGAAAUCAUAGAUUACAGUCUAACCUGUAAGGGAUCACUGUGGGAAAAUGACAAAUCAUUAGCAAGGGUGCCACAGGGGAUUUCAACAGACAGAAUAUAUACACCAGAUAAUUCAGGAAGACCCAGCGAAUGCGAGAAAUCGUCUUUAGGUGAAGACACUAAUCAGAUUUCCGCUCAUUUGGGCGGCAGCGCUCCAUUAGUCGGCCCAUCUCUGCCACAGUCACCUAAAGUCGACAACGUUACCGACCGCAAGAAAGUGGAGACAAUUUUGUCUUCAAGUGUGAAAAGACACACAAGACGCAUCGCCAGAUAUCGACCUCGGCGGGCGAAACGAAUGCAACUACAGAGUCCCGAUCUGGGCGUCAUUCCAGAAGGAGAGGGCUUCGGUGCUGGUGAGAUAACAGAGGAACAUUUUAGCUACAAGCAAGAACCCCAACCCUCAAUUGCAUCCUUAAAUGCCAUAAAAAAUUCAAAGGCAAAACGACAUGAUGAAGUUGUUUUGCCGCCUUUAAAAAUCCACCCUGCUCUUGAUGCCCGUGCGAGAUACUCUAAUUACAGUGUAAACCAAUUACCAUCAAACGUUAAACAUGUGGAAUCUCAAGACAAAGACACAGGGAUAGCUCCACCCAUUGACAAAAAAUUUGUUCUCAUUCGCCCAGAGAAGUUGCGUUGUGCGCCAGUUCUUAAAGGCCGACCGACUUCUGAAAAACGGGACGUUCCCGCGGAAUCCAUCACCAGUUCAAACACUGACACUGACGAUAAACCUUCCCCAAACAAAAACAGGUCAAGGGCCCAGAAGAAUAUGCAAAGGCUUGUUUUUCUAAGAGAUUACCCUCAUAAGCAUUAUCAUAGAGACUAGCUGCAGGUCAUAGACCCAGAACACGUUCAACGCCAAAAUCUUACAAAUACAACAAUUAUCUCGACUUCCUUCCAAGCCAGCAAUUACAGCACUCCCUUCGUAUGCUUCGAUACUGAAAGCAUACUGCUAAGAUUAGGCAUUUCGAGAUUGCUAUCGCUGACUGCAACAAAUGACAGAGUCGUCCUUGUCUCUCCAUCAAGCACCGUUAUCUCCUGUCACGGUAACGUUUCUAACACGAUUAGGGCCUAACAGGACAGCCAAACAGGUGCGGAGAUAUCAUCCGAACAAGAUGCAUGUGAAGGUGUUUGUGUGGAACAAGAGUAGCUGUAAGAAGUAAAUAGUUUCGAACAUAUCUAACAGCGACGUCUGUGUAUGAAAAGGGGAAAGUAUUGGCAUGAGUGUAUAACAAGGAGAAAAUAUUGGCGUAAGUGUAUGACAAGGAGUAAGUUUUGGCGUGAGUGUAUGACAAGGGGAAAGUCCUGGUGUCAGUGUAUGACAAGGGGAAAGUCCUGGUGUCAGUGUAUGACAAGGGGAAAGUCCUGGUGUCUGUGUAUGACAAGGGGAAAGUAUUGGCAUGGGUGUAUGACAAGGAGAACAUAUUGGCGUGAGUGUAUGACAAGGAGUAAGUAUUGGCGUGAGUGUAUGACAAGGAGUAAGUAUUGGCGUGAGUGUAUGACAAGGGUAAAGUACUGGUGUGAGUGCAUGGCAAGGGAGAAGUACUGGUGUGAGUGUAUGACAAGGAGAAAUGUUGAUGGUAUUCGGUAGAGUCACUCGCACGUUAACGUCGUUGAUGGUAUUUGGUAGAGUCGCUCGCACGUUAACGUCGUUGACGGUAUUUGGUAGAGUCGCCCGCACGUUAACGUCGUUGACGGUAUUUGGUAGAGUCGCUCGCACGUUAACGUUGUAGACGGUAUUUGGUAGAGUCGCCCGCACGUUAACGUCGUUGACGGUAUUUGGUAGAGUUGCCCGCACGUUAACGUUGUAGACGGUAUGUGGUAGAGUCGCCCGCACGUUAACGUCGUUGACGGUAUUUGGUAGGGUCGUCCGCACGUUAAGGUUGUAGACGGUAUGUGGUAGAGUCGCCCGCACGUUAACGUCGUUGACGGUAUUUGGUAGUGUCGUCCGCACGUUAACGUUGUAGACGGUAUGUGGUAAAGACGCUCGCACGUUAACGUUGUUGAUGGUAUGUGGUAGAGUCGCCUUAUCGUUUUUGUGUGUUCACAUAAUAACAAUAAAAGAAAACACCAAUUAAAAUGUUUUUCACUUUAUUCUCAUGUUGCGCUUCUUGGUGGACAACGUACUUUCAAGAUAACCUGAAGCAGGACAGAUUUGAAGAGCUAUUAUAUGCGAUCAUUACAAGACAUGAUUUGAUAGGCGAGGUGGAAUAACC